AUCAAAUUGUUGCGGAAAUGUUGUAACAAAAUCGCACGGACACUAUAAGAAAAUGAUCAAAAUAUGGGUAAACUUCGAAUCGCGAUUUAUUUAUGCAAGAUUAGUGUACGAUCUUGCUUCAAAAUGGACAGUAAAUCGUAGCUUGAACUACACUUCCGGCCAAUAAGCAUUUCAUUUCAUUCCUGAUAAUACAGUUCAAAAGCGUGUAAAUUGUUCGAAUCUUUGAAUUUUCUUCUUUUCCGAAAAAAAUUUUUCCAUUAAAUUUUCACGAGACAAUAACAGCCCGCUUAUGAUCAGUGGUUCUGACUUUCCACGCAAGCGCCAAUGGCCGCCCAACACCAUUCGCUUUUCGCAGUCGUUCGCAAUCGCUCAAAGAAUUUUCCACCGUAUAAUAUAGUUUUUGUUAUAGAAGAAUCGUAUUAUCGGACGAUAUGGGCGAGGAGAUCGGAAAUACCACGAAUUAUCGUAACAUUCAUUACAAAUCGGACGCUGAAUACACGGUACACGUCGCCAAGACAUUAUUGACACUGAUCGGAAUCUGGCCUAGGAGGAACACGUUCGUAGAUAACGUAAAAUUUUACGUUCAGAUAGGAAUUGUCUUUUUUCUCAUGUGUUUCCUCUUGCUACCGCACGUGAUUUACACUUACUUCGAUUGCGAAAAUCUGACGAAAUACAUGAAGGUGAUCGCCGCACAGAUUUUCAGCCUUUUGGCGAUCAUUAAAUUUUGGACGAUUAUCAUUAACAGAGAGGAGAUCCGAUUUUGCUUGAUGGAGAUGGAGAUACAAUAUAGAGACGUGGAGUGCGAAGAAGAUCGGUCGGUAAUGAUGAACACUGCGAAAAUCGGCCGAUUCUUCACAAUCGUAUAUUUGAGCCUUAGUUACACAGGCGCUUUGCCCUAUCACAUCAUUUUGCCCCUGAUAUCGGAGAGGAUCGUGAAGGAGGAUAAUACAACUCGGAUACCACUGCCUUAUUUGAGCGACUACGUUUUCUUCGUUAUCGAGGACUCGCCGAUUUACGAGAUGACUUUCGUGUUGCAAAUAUUCAUCAGCAGUAUUAUUCUGUCUACGAAUUGCGGGACUUACAGCUUGAUCGCCUCUAUAACGAUGCACUGCUGCGGUCUGUUCGAGGUUACCAAUAGAAAGAUCGAGACGCUUUGCAAGUGGGAUAAUCGGAAUUUGCACGAUCGUGUUAUUGACAUCGUUCAAUCUCAUCUGAAAGCAAUCGAAUAUUCUGCACGGGUUGGAGAAUCAUUGAGCAUCGUAUUUUUGUCGGAAAUGCUUGGCUGCACAGUCAUAAUAUGUUUCUUAGAAUUUGGUGUAAUUAUGGAAUUGGAAGAUCAUAAAACAUUGAGCACAGUAACGUAUUUCGUUUUAAUGACGUCGAUUUUCGUAAAUGUGUUCAUAAUAUCGUUUAUUGGUGACCGUCUCAAACAAGAGAGUGAGAGAAUAAGAGAAACAUCAUAUUUCAUACCAUGGUACGAUUUCCCAACGGAAGUGGCGAAAAAUAUCAAGAUAAUCAUACUUAGAGCCAGUCGACCAUCAAGUCUGUCUGGGGCCAAGAUAUUGGAUCUUUCGCUUCAAGCAUUUUGCGAUGUUUGCAAAACUUCGGCAGCCUACUUUAAUUUUCUGCGUGCAAUGACGGUAUAAAAGUUCACGCGAAAGGGAUUCCAAAGGGAUUUUGAAAAAGUUGAUAAAUGAAUGAAAUGAUUAAGAGUCAGUAUAAACAUAAUGCACAUGAUAUAAUUGUUUACCAUUACUUUGGGUAGAGAGAAAUAGGAAGGAAAUGUUUUGCUUAUCUCUCUUUCAUUUUUAUCACUAUUUUCAUUUUUAUUGAAAUGUAAUUGUCUGUAAUAACUUGUUCAUAUUUAUCGUAUCUUUUUUGGGUACUGCAAUUCUUUUAUUCAUUUUUGA